GAGGACAAAGACAAGUUUCCGUCAUUGAGUGUGCUGUUUAACUAUCUUCCUCUCCUUACAAAAAGGCAGGGAAGGAACUCCUAUUUCUCAGGAUACACUCAUAAUACUCUUGUGAAGUUCCUCUCCAUAUCUCAACUUUCUCCAAGCAAGGAUUUCUCUAACCAUGUGGCACAAGCAUCUUUUGGCGAGUUUUUACAUAUGGGCCUUAAUAUGUUCACUUUUUCCUCCUUCCUCUAAUGGCUUGAUGAGAAUAAACUUGAAGAAGAGAGUCCUUGAUCUUGAAAGCAUAAAAGCUGACAGAAUAGUAAGAGAGGCAAAAUACAAAGGGAAUCGUUAUUUGGGUAGCUCUGGUGAUGAUAUAGUACCUUUGAAGAACUAUUUGGAUGCCCAAUAUUAUGGAGUGAUCGGUAUUGGCUCGCCGGCUCAGAAUUUCACUGUCAUAUUCGACACCGGCAGUUCCAAUCUUUGGGUUCCAUCAUCAAAAUGCUACUUUUCUCUUGCUUGCUAUUUCCAUUCCCGGUACAAGUCAAGCAAGUCCAGUACAUAUACUAGUAUUGGAAAGUCUUGUGAAAUAAAUUAUGGAUCUGGAUCCGUAUCUGGUUUCUUCAGUCAAGACAAUGUUCAAGUUGGAGAUGUUGUUGUGAAAGAUCAGGUUUUCAUCGAGGCAACACGAGAAGGCAGUCUCACAUUUUUGCUGGCCAAGUUUGAUGGACUUUUGGGGCUUGGUUUUCAGGAGAUUUCAGUUGGGAAUGUUACUCCAGUCUGGUACAACAUGGUACAACAAGACCUUGUAAGUGAAGAAGUCUUCUCAUUCUGGCUUAACCGUGAUCCAGCAGCAGCGGUGGGAGGUGAAAUCAUCUUCGGUGGAGUUGAUGAAAAGCACUUUAAAGGGAAGCAUACUUAUGUUCCAGUUACCAAAAAGGGUUAUUGGCAAAUUGAAAUGGGAGAUAUUCUCAUUGGCAACCAGUCAACAGGUGUAUGUGCAGGGGGAUGUGCUGCUAUUGUGGAUUCGGGAACGUCCUUACUCGCUGGUCCAACGACUGUUGUGACUGAGAUCAACCAUGCAAUUGGAGCCAAAGGAGUAGUGAGUACAGAAUGCAAACUAAUUGUUUCUCAAUACGGAGAGUUAAUCUGGGAUCUACUCGUUUCAGGGGUUAAACCAGACAAAGUUUGUCAGCAGAUUGGUCUCUGCUUGUUCAACGGGGCUGAGUAUGUAAGUGGUAAAAUUGAAACAGUGGUUGAGAAGGAAAAUAGAAAGGAGGGAGAUUUAGAAGCCGACCCGCCUUCAUGCACUGUCUGUGAGAUGGCUGUUGUAUGGGUCCAGAAUCAGCUAAGACAGAAGGAAACCAAAGAAAAAGUGAUCGCAUAUGUCAAUCAGCUUUGCGAGAGCCUGCCAAGCCCAGCUGGAGAAUCAGUAAUCAACUGCAAUAGCAUUUCAACCAUGCCGAACGUUACAUUCACCAUUGGAAGCAAACCUUUCACGCUUACUCCAGAACAGUAUAUUCUGAAGACGGGAGAAGGCCUUACUUCAGUCUGCAUCAGUGGGUUUUCGGCUUUCGAUGUGCCUCCUCCGAGGGGUCCUCUGUGGAUCCUUGGAGAUGUGUUUAUGGGGGUAUAUCACACUGUGUUUGACUAUGGUGAUCUCAAAGUGGGUUUUGCUGAAGCUGCUUAGAGGCGUCUGCCCAAUGCUUUCGUCUGUUUUAUCGUGUCCUUGGAGACUUAUUAAGUAGGUUGGGCAUGUUAUAGAUGGGAUUAUAAAACAAUGCAUAAGAUGCGACUCCCUAAAUGGUGGUUUACCAAAAUUAUGUAUUUAUGUGUCAUGAAGAUGACUAUGUCAUGUAAAUAUUUUCCUUUCCGUUGAGAACCUUAAACGCCCAAAGGUUGAACGUAGACGCAAUAAGGACUUGCUGAGAAGUCAAAACUCAAUAUAAUCAAAGAAAUUAUGUGCUCAUCAA